UCAUGUUAUUUUUUGUUGUGUAUUGUGUUGUCAUUAACGUAAAUUCUAUUCUACAUAUAAUAGCAGAAUAAAAAUAGAAAAAACCAUUGCUUUCGAAAAAACGUGCGGACAAAUUUGAAGUUUUCCUGAUGGCAUCUGCUCCGCCCUUGGACGAUACAAUAUAUGCAACAACCACACCGCUAGAAGUUAAGGCAACCGGUGCCGAAGCAUGGCAUUGUACUCGGGUCAAACUGACCAAAUUUCGUUACAUGUGGAAAAUCGAAAAUUUUAGUUUUUUGAAAUCCCAACGUACAUCACCCGAAUUCAUUAUCAAAGAUAUACCCAUUGCCAAAUGGAAGUUACAUAUACUGGAGGAAGAUUCCUAUUUGUUUAUUAAACUUUUGAAAAAUCCAUGCGGUGAUCAUCUACGUAUACGCCAUCAAUUUGAGGCGUCCAUCAUAAAUGCUGAUGGCAAAGUUGGCUGCCGUUAUGCCAGUGAUGUUAUGCUAUCAGAUGUUAUAAGCAUAAGGCUCAUAAGUAUGGAUGAUUUGCUAGACACCUCAAGGGGACUUUUACCGCUCGAUGCUUUGACCAUUGUAUGUGAUAUUACUGCCAUACUCGAUACCAUCGAUAUAGUGCCACGCAAAAUUGGCGAUGUCUCAAUUAUUGACUCUAAUCGGCAACAGCGUGAAGACUUAUCUCAGCUGCUGGAAACGGGAAAGUUUAGUGAUGUCACUUUUGUGGUAGCCAACAAGGAGUUUAAGGCCCACAAAGCUAUUUUGACUGUACGAAGUGAAGUCUUUGCCGCCAUGUUUGAUCAUGAGGGCAUGGAUGAGAACAAGAAGAAUCGUGUUGAAAUUAGCGACUUUGAGCCCACUGUCAUACAGGAAAUGCUGACUUUCAUCUAUUCCAAUCGCUCUCCCAAUGUAGAUGAGAUGGCAGCGGACCUUUUGCCGGUGGCUGACAAAUAUGCCUUGCACAAGUUGAAAAUAAUGUGUGAAUUUGUAUUGCAUCGCGAUCUAAGAGUGGAUACAGCCAUAGAAACUUUGAUACUAGCCGAUCGUCAUGGUGCCGCACAGCUAAGAGAACAGGCACUUAGUGUCAUCAAGGAAAAUAUUUCAGCGAUUAUUAAGACGGAUGCCUGGCAGAAUAUCUGUCAAUAUCCCCAUUUGGUUACAGAAAUUGUAAGCUUCAUUGCUUGCACAUAAAUCGUAUGCACUGUUUGUUUAAGGUUUCAGUUUAUUUAUUGUCAAUUUUAUGAUAGCGUGAUAUUUGUACACCUCCUUGCAUAUCCUUCAAGCCUUUACUUGUGAAAAAUUAAACGAUAGAUUGGAUUUUGUUAACAAAAAAUGAUGAUAAAUUCUUUCAAUGAUUGGCUAAGGUA